UUUAUUUGUUCGAUACCGUAAACUCUAUCUAGCUAGCUAUGGUAGUCUAGAUGAUGUUAUUAUCUCCUCUUUACAGCGGCUACUCCUUUUGAAGAAGACUCUUCUAUUAUACCAUGAUCAUGACAGGCUCCUCUUGUUUGGUUGGAUAAGAAGGAAACAGCGGCAGGAGCUUCUUCCGUUCGACGGAACAGAUCGAUGACUUGGAUGACUGCGUCGAUGGCUUCCCUUCACGGCACGACCAUGGCGCAUCUACCACAAACUAGCUACCAAUGAGAAGUUAACAGAGGGAGGAGCUUCUUCUGUUCGACGGGUCGAGGGAUCGAUUGAUGACUGCUUCCAUGUGGAUGGCUCCCUCUUCACGGAGCGACCAAUGAAUGACGCCUCCGGAUUGGCAGCGUUCGAUCGAUCUGUUCUAUCGUUCCAUCCAUGCGACAGAUUCUUCCAAGUUCCAAGGCGGAUAGUUUGGUCGACGGAUCUUCAUUGUUAACGGAUAGAUGAUCCUGGUCUAUGACAUUGCUACGGUACUACUGUACUACUAAUGCAACAAGCAGCAGGUGCUCUACUACACGUACUGAUUUGGUGGUGUCGAAACGAAACGGGGGCUUUAUCUUUCAUCAUGAAUUUCUACAAUCUACAUGUAUCUGAUUUUGCGUGGUUUGCCUUCUAUUAGCACUGAUGGGAAGGGUACUCCAGUCUUUAUGUUCAUGCCAUGCCACACAUUCAUUGACAUGAAUAACUCUACAGUUUCAUACAUGUGGAGUGUGGAGAGGGAGGACUGGAGCACCAUGGAGAAAUCCAUGGCAGCAUGACAAGCAACAUAUCGGAAUCCAUCCAUGCUAAAUUUUCCAUACCGUCGUGGCUCGAGCCAUGGCAACAAACCUUGGAGCUAGUUUCAAGGAACGCAAGUGUCUGUGAGUAGUGUGUUGAGGAGUUGCUUCUCUAAAACUCGUUGGCUACGUAGACAAUAUAUUGGUAAAGCUUAGAUAACACCCUGCAUUUGGUCAACAAUACUGUUGUCUCGGUGGUAACAUUCAAUCGUUUUCUUUGAUCGAUUCUUCUCUCUACUAGUACAGCUGCUCAUGCCUACAGUAGUUGCUAGCUGUGGAGGAAUCCAUGUGUGGCUUUGUUAUUUGUCUUGCAAGUUAGACUAGAUCUACUUCUGUUUGCUCGUUCUUGUGUGGUGGUGUGGCAAUGGGGCGGGUGAGGAGAUUGAUGCUCUUGCGGAUGUGUUGUUUUCCGCAGCUUUCCUGGCUAAAGAGGUUGUCAUUGGCGCAAGCGACCGCCAUGCCGCUCUUCCGUCCUCUUCUUUUGGUUACCUGGUGGACUACUUCUAUUGGUUUCUGGAUGGAGUGUAGAGUGUAGUAGUCUAAGCAAGAGAGAGAUCAUGCAAUCGCCGUCUCGAUGGGGCAAGUCCACUGGCGGAGGAGAAGCACGGACACCGGAACGAAGAAACACAUCCGACAACAACAAUGACACUACUCAAGAAGAAGAGCAGCCCUAUCAACCCCCGCGGCAGAGAGUGACGGUGAAUGAUCUGGAUGUGGAAGAAGCGGAAGGAACGGUGGUGCAAGUGUUGGAAGAACGACAUCGUCAGAGUCUCAAUCCAACAGGCUCAGUCCAGCACAAGAUCCAACGCCUCGAAGAAGCGGCCGAAGCCAGACGCAUCGAUAUCAUCCGCAAGACACAUCGGCGGGCGGCAUCGGGCCAUGCGAGUCAUAUGUUGCAUCAAAUUGAAGAAGAGGAUGAUGGCUUUUCCAUUCUACUAAACAGAAGAGACAGACUGACAGAGAACGAUGGCUUGCUACGAGCCCUCAAUCCGCGACACAACAAUCCGACCAAUCCGUAUGCGUCCAAUCUCGAUCACCAUUUGCUCAAGGGACAACAAGAAGAACAAGAGACCACCGAUGAGUUUGCUCGCUUGACUAGUACUACUACUAUUGAUCAUCAAAAGUACAACAACAAUAUUCGCCAAAGAAGCCCUCGCGGUCUUCCUCUGCAUGGUCAUCCAAAGACAUCAUCCUCCGACUAUUUUGCCACCAACCAGGAUGGAUUUGUCAAUGCGAGCAGCAAUAGCAGCAAUAACAAUCAACAACGAGGUGAUGAUCCAUACGCGUCGAUUAAACAGAGCAUUCUCAGUGGCGCCAAGGGGCGGAUCCGCCGCGUCGUUCCUCGAUGGAUCCGAGAGCUCUGUUCCAUGUGUCAUCCCAUGCGACUCUUCAACAAUUGCCACGACAUUUUGGUCCGUUCGCAAUUCCUCUGGAUUGGGUUCCCCUGUUUGCUCGGAUCGGCCUUUUGCGUGUAUAUACUCGACAAUCCACGGCUCCACUUUUUGCCGGGAGAUACCACCCUGGCGGUUUGGUUGUUGUUUGCGACACGGCAAACCGUCACGUUGGGAAUUGCCAGAAUGACUGUCUACGUGCUCGUGGACGGGCUCAUGUUAGGGACCCACCUCGCGGUCCAAACUCUGGGACCGUUGGUGACACUCACGGCCGCGACUGGGAAAGGAUGGCCCGCCAUUAUGGUCUUUUGGGGUCUAUGGAAUCUUGUCUUGAUCCAUGGAGACCACCCCUUCCAACUCAACUGGUUGUAUUGGACGGAGAUGGAGUUGUUUAAUCAAAACUUUGGUGGUCUCUUGGUCAACAGUCUGUUGUACACGCGGAUUCUAUUUGCGGCCAUUCUCGGUGGACUCUUUGUGUCUGCCAAGAGGACCAUUUUUGCAUUGCGGUUUGGACGGAAGCAAGUUGUUGAAUUCCGGGGGAGGCUCAAGAAGACCCUGGCCGAUAUUGUUCUAAUAGACGAGGUAGCCACCCUGGCAGAGCAAGCAGAGAAGGAGGAAGUGGAGGAAUCCUCUUCAGAGGAGGAACCGCCGAGUUGGGAUCUCAUGUCGCCUUCCCUUGUGCAGCAAAACUUGAACGAUAUCCUUUGGAUACCAAAGAUCGAGUAUCAGGACUCCAACACAUCCGAGUUUUCCUCCAAGACCCCCGACGAACCCGCCAACAAAACACCUGCCAACACUGAGAAACGUACUUCCUUUGCUGACAAGCCUGUGCCACCGUCCAGCGCUGACAAGCCUGUACCCACCAGUCCUCCUAAACCGUCACGUCACACGCUUCGAAGGACGGAGAGUGGACGAAUCCACCUCAAAGAUAUGUUGGACUCGUGGGACGAACCCGGCUCUGAUUCGGACAAGGUUUCGGAUAUAUCAAUUCACGAAAUCUUGAAGUUUCGACGUGCUCUUUCUCAUCUUGAAGAAGAUAAUAUCUUUGGAGAAGCUUUCGGUUCCACUGCAUCCCGUGAUGAGUGCAUUGCCAACAGUCACUCCGUAUACUACCGCUUGCUAAAACUAGCCCAUGAAAGCGACAACAAUCUUGAUGCGAGUGGAGGAAGGAAACAUAAUGAUGUCCUUCCUUUUGAUGUUUUGGGCUUGCUUUGCUUGGGAGAUGAUGGCAAAACCCUGAAUGAAGGAAAGAAGAGGAAGAUUCGAAAGCUCUUCACCCCGGACAGGUGCGGCAAAAUUCCACUUCUACCGUUCAUCCAAUCUAUUGACUCCUGCUAUAAAAAGCUCGUAUUCCUAAGAGCAUCCGUGAGGAGUGCGUCCUUGCUGGAUCGAGUAUUGGAGAGGCUUUUCAAUGCCCUCUUCUACUUUGUCCUGGUCUUGUUCUUGUCAAGUGUGCUGCAGCUCCAUCCGUGGACGCUCAUGGUAUCGAUCACGUCCCUGCUUGUUUCUGUUUCCUUUGCUUUGGGAAGUAGCAUUUCUCACUACGUCGAAGGGGUUUUCCUCAUUGCUGUUCGGCGUCCGUUCGACCUGGGAGACCGAAUCAUCAUGUCAAGUGCCGAUUGUAUCGACCCCUUGCCGGAUGUACCCAAGAAUUCAUGGCUCGUCGAAGAAGUCACUCUCGCCACCACAACGUUGCGAUAUGCCAGAACGAACGAAGUCUGUACUGUCAACAACUGGUCUCUUUCCUCGACGAGAAUAGUCAACUUGGCGCGGUCCCCCAAUGCAAUCCUCAACUUUCCUUUCAGUGCACACAUUUCCAUCUUGGAAGGCAACAAGCUCGAGCAAUUCAAAAAGGCGAUCCAGAAGUUUGUGAGCGAAAGACCUCGCGUUUGGGAAACUUUGGCGUUUGUGCGUCACGACAUGGCGGAUGUUGGCAAUGAGGCUGUGAAUCUCUCCUUUGCAAUUCGUCACCGAAGCCCGUGGCAGGAGGCUGGUCGCAUCAAGAAUGACCGGACCGAAGUGUUUCGUUUCCUGUAUCAGUUGGGGAACCAGCUGAAUGUGCACUUUUCCGCUCCUGCGGAGCAGAACAUUGUCUACCAAGGGGGGGCACUGCGACGAGGUGAUACGGAUGACAUGAGCAGCAGGGAUUUGAUAAAGAAAAGCAACAUUCGCCCCAUUCCGGUAGAGCCGAUGGUGGGUGGUGGUGCCGGGAAGAUGUUUUGAGAGUGGUUGUUGUUGCUGCUGGUUCCUUUGGCAGUUUUUGUAGUUUUAACUUGGCCAAAGCUCUUUGCAGAUUGAGUUCACCCGUGUUUUGUACCGUUGAUUGAGUUCCAUGAAUGCAGAUGCGGCCGUACUAGUAGCUGUUGGAGCUUCAUUAAGAGUUGCAUCACGAAACUCGCCCCAGCGAGCAACACAGUACUGUAGCUUGAAACAUACAUCGAUCAGGACGUCAACCAGCCAUUCAAAGGUCCACCCGAAAACACGAUCUUUCUAAUCUUCUGUGCCGUAGCAUCCCCCCAGUCCUGCUUCCAUUGUCUGUAGGAACAAGGCUGCUUGGCAGAAUCUCUAGUAACUGGUUCAUCCUCACGUGUGUUGGUUGUUGUUGGAGCAGAAGCAAGUUGGACCACGACCGAUUGGGCCAUUUCCAAGAUCUUGUAGCGGCUGAGCCGGGAUGCCAAUUUGGUGUAGUCGGACAAUUGCUUUGGUUUCUUCCCUUGACAGAUGCCGCGUGCUCCCACAAUCAAUUCGAUAUUAUUAUUAUUUUGUUUGUCGUUUCCCAUGGUUUGAUCCCACGUCAGAGACAUCCCACAAGGACUUGCCUUUUUGACAACAUGUGUUGUGUCUCGCUUGCGCUUUUUGUUGUUGGAGUUGUGUGGUUUGCCAGAAGCUUCACUCGAGGAUUUGCUGUUCUCUCCGUUGGUCUUAUUUGUCGAUUGCAGAUGAUGAAACUCCAUGGCGGCUUUGCCAGACUGAAAUUUUCGAGCAACAAUGGCCACGGUGGGGCCAUCGUCGUCAUCCAGAUGAUAUGGAUGCUUGUUUGUUGUGGGCGACUCUUGUGGUUCGAGUUGUUGUUGUGAUGAUUGCUGCAAGUGCUUCCACGUGUCCAUGACGCGUCCCUUGGUAGCCCGAUCAAGGGCAUCUUGUUGACAAUCUUGUUUGGAACAACAACGCGGAUCUUGGCUGACGACAAUGGACGCCAACCGUAUGGGAUUGGGAAGGAACCGCGACAAGACAGAUCCUUGCAAUCCCAAAAUGGACCACCGGACCAGUUUAUCGGAACAGGACAUGCAGGAGGUUCGAUGUUGCGGUGUGAGAUUGGAUCGUCCCGACUUGGUUCGUAGUUUUCCCAAUAGCUGCACAUUUUCUCGUGCCACCACAUUCUUGUGAGUGUUGUUGUUGUUGUUGUGAUCUUUUUUGUUUGUGGCAGAAGAGGAAUGUAACAACUGAUGACGGCCACCACAAUCGGCCGCGUUGACUCUCGUAUUCUCGGAAACAAUAAUCUUGGCGCCCGUAAAAUUAUUGACGCCUCCAUCUCCGUACGGUUCUUCUUGCAAUGGAUAAAUGGAGGCAUCACCACAGGGGGAGUCGCUAAUGUACAAAUGCAACUGGAUGCCAGAUCGUAACUGGAACUGUUGUUGUGGCGCUUUCUGUGUCAACUCCAAGAGCUUCCUCUGUGGAUUGUUAUGGUCGUCGUCUUCUUCUUUCGUUCCGCCGCUCGAGUCUUCUUUUUUCGAAACUACAUUAUUCAUGAGCUGUUGUAACUCCUUCCACAAGACGUGUACAAGACCUCGUCGGGCCAGAGCUUCGGCAUGACAGUCUCUCACAAUGGCCGUCUCGGCGCGAGCCAAUUCUUCUUUAGUAGUAUGGUCGUCUGCUGCUGUAAUAAAAGUGGCACAUUUGGUACCCGUGGCACAACUCACAACCCACAUGUCAUCCUUUCCAAAAGUGGCCACCAUGGCGGCAUAGACCGUCCAUUCAUUGUCCUUGGGUUUGCCCUUAUUGGUGGGCAGCACGUUCUGGUAGUGGUCUAGUGCACACUUGGCAAUCUUGUCGGACAACAAUAGUAAGGAUUCAUCUUCCAUUCUACAUGUAUUGCUCUCUCUCUGAAUACAUACAUGUACUGCACUGUGCUGUACGCGUCUCGUUCAAAGAUCCAUCCCGUUUUUCAUCAGAAGACCAUCUCGAUCGCUCGAGCAGACUGCAUGGCGAUUGCGUAUCCACGCAGCCUUGGUGGCUGAAUCGUCACUACUCCCUAGAGCUCGACACAGUCCUGACUAAUGGUUGAAACUUCUGACAGGGUGAUCAUGUGCUGCUGAGUAUUAGCUAGUAAUCCAGAUCCAGCUCUUGUGCAACUUUCGUG